UUGCGCCAUUGUUACAGCUUAUCUAACAGUCUCUGCCUGAAACUCUGAGUGAUAUAAUUGUCAUCCUCUUAAAUUUCAGAAAAUGUUGCUCCGUUCUUCACUAAGGAGAUGAUUUAGCUGUCAGUGUAUCUUGCAUUGAUCAACCUGUCUUAAAAAAGCCAAAAGCAUUCUACUUGCAGAGAGACACCCAGAGGUUCUUGUGUAUGUUCAUCAGAGGAUGCUCAAUUGAAUUGCUGGAAGAUUGACUUGGUUACCUAUCAAGAAAAGAAAAGCGCAUAUCAUCACACUUUCCAGCUUUCAUGUAAAAUGCAGAGACGAUGUUAGCAGGGAUCACUCUUUGUUGGUUCAAUAUAGUCCUCGACCACCCUCCCCUCAGAUCAUAGCAGCAAGCAGAGGAGGAGGAGGAAGAGGACAUCCAAAGAAUGGCGGCCCAUGUCCUCGUUCUCCCAUUCCCCAGCCAAGGCCAUAUCAGCCCCAUGUUCCAGUUUGCGAAAAGGUUGGCCGCCAAGGGCCCCAAGACCACCCUCGUCACUACCCACUUCAUCCUCAACUCCUUCCCCUCUCAGACCGACUCCGUCCGCCUCGCGCCCAUAUCCGACGGCCACGACCGGGGCGGCUUCCCCUCGGCCGCCAGCCUCGAGGCCUACCUCUUGACUCUCGCGGACGUCGGCGCCCGCUCCCUGUCGAAGCUGAUCGACCAGCACGCCGCUUCCGGCUGUCCCUUCACCUGCAUGGUCUACGACACCGUCGUGCAGUGGGCCGUCGAGGUGGCCAAGAUGCACGGCCUGGCCACGGCGGCCUUCUCGACGCAGUCGUGCGCGGUGAGCGCCAUAUACUACUACGUCAACCAGGGGAUGCUCGACGUCCCCGAGGCCGGAGGCAGUGUCUCCUGCUCCGCUCCCUUCUUGCCGCCCUUGGCGAGGUCGGAGUUCCCUUCCUUGGCUCUCAGGCAAGGCAGGAACCUCACGGUCUCGACCAUGGCGAUGAACCAGUUCAAUCUGGAGAAGGACGACUGGGUUCUCUUCAACUCGUUCGACAUGCUGGAGAUCGAGGUGGUGAACCGCUUGAAGAGGCAUUGGCGCGCCCGGGCGAUCGGGCCGAGCGUGCCGCUGCCGCUGGUGGAUAAGGAAGGCGGUGCCACCUACGGUCUCAGCCUCCUCGAGGCGGAGGAGGACACAUGCAUGAGGUGGCUGAACUCGAAGCCACCGCGCUCCGUCGUGUACGUCUCCUUCGGGAGCGUCGCGUCGGUGAGCGCGGAGCAGAUGGAAGAGCUCGCGUGCGGCCUGGAGGCGUCCGGGAAGAACUUCUUGUGGGUGGUGCGGGCCGCGGUGGAGAAGACGCUGCCGCGGGCGUUUGCGAAGGCGCCGCCGGAGCGGGGUCUGGUGGUGCGGUGGAGCCCGCAGCUGGCGGUCCUGGCCCACCCAGCGUUGGGCUGCUUCGUGACGCACUGCGGGUGGAACUCGACGCUGGAGGCGGUGUCGCUGGGGGUGCCCAUGGUAGCCUUCCCGCUGUGGACGGACCAGCCCACGAACGCCAAGUACGUGGAGGACGUGUGGGAGGUGGGCGUGCGGGCGAGGAGGGCGGAGACGGGCGUCGUGGCGAGGGAGGAGAUCGAGCGCUGUGUGAGGGCGGUGAUGGACGGGAAGAGGAGUGGGGAGAUGAUGAGGAACUCGCGGCGGUGGAGGGACGCGGCGACCGAGGCGCUGCAGGCGGGCGGGAGCUCGGACGAGGCCAUGGAUGAGUUCGUAGCGUUCGUGAACGCCGAAGCCAAGGACUGACGUGGCACUGCAGUGCUAUUUCAAUGUUAUCUAAAGGAUUUUUGGCUAAAAUAUUUCAACGAAAUCCAACUAGUUAUAUUAUAUAUCUAAAA